CCCACGCCGCAGAGGAGUGGCCAUUUGCCGGAGCGCCACUCUCACCUUCCCACCCCACGUUCCCACGCUUGAGGUGCGGUUGAUCCGCCAACACCGGGCGCCCUCUCCGUCCCGCCCUCCGGUUGUCCCGAAGCCCCCACUCUCUCCCGCCACCUCCGCCGCUCCCCCCCAUCCACGCCGCCCACGCCCCUCCCGCCCACACGCUGACAAGCCUUCGCAUCUCCGCAAGGCAUAUACCUUCCGUGCUCGCUCCCUUCCUUCUUGUUCCCAAUUUCGCCAGCCGCGACGCUCUUUCUCCAUUCCAUUGGAUCUCGGUCAGCCGGCCGGAUGCUCAGGCUGCUAGCUGCCCGGUGUUAAUGAACUGCAAGCUUCAGAAAAUAUAAAUUUUGUGCCUGCAUUCUAGGAAAUCACUUCAGCAGCUCAUUUGCACUAUGUCCUACACAAGCUGUUUGAAGAAACAUCCCCUGAGACUAAUCUUUCCAUAUGCCAAUUCCAUCCUCCGAGCGUCUUUGGAAAAAGGCUCCCCACAUAAGUCACUGAUGGACUAUAGCACUAUGCUCCAUUUUACCACAUUUUGCCCUGAUUACAGAACAUAUGUUCUCCUCCUCAGAGCUUGUUCAAAAUGUUCAGACAUCUAUGCUGCCAUGCAAAUUCAUUCACAUCUCACUAAAGCUGGGUUGUUAUGUAAUCAAGAUAUAAUAGCUCCACUUUUGAGGUUGUAUAUCGAUCAUGGUCGCAUGAUGGAAGCAUGUGAACUGUAUUGGCCAAUGCUUGAGUGGAGUACCGAUCCUUUCCAUGGUAAUUUGAUGCUUAUGGGAUUCUUGAAGGGAGGACAGCUAGACAAAGCAUAUCAGAUUUUCAAGAGGAUGCCUGUCAAGGACCUGGUCUCGUGGAAUUCAGUGAUUGCAGGUGCAGCAAGGAGCUCCCACCUGAAAGAUGCAAUGAAUCUUUUCAGCAGGUUGGUCAAUUCAGGCCUUGUGCCUGACGGUUUUUCAUUCUCUUCAGUCCUGUCUGCUUGUGCUCGAGCUGGUGCCCGAUGUUAUGGUAUGUGGGUUCAUCAACUGAUGGAUGAGCUGGGGGUGGAGAAGAAUCAUCUUUUAAUCUCAGCACUGGUUGAUAUGUAUGCUAAAUGUGGAAGGAUUGAUGUGUCAGUUGAGAUAUUCAACAACGUUAAGAGAAAACACCUGUCCACAUGGAACACGAUGAUUAGUAGCCUGGCAGGGCAUGGUCUUGGAUCUGAUGUGGUGAUGCUGUUCCACAGGAUGGAACUUUCAGGUGUGGUUCCUGAUGGGGUUACAUUUAUUGCACUAUUGACAGCAUGUAGCCAUUGUGGUAUGGUUGAAGAGGCUCGUCAGUACUUUGAAACGAUGUCUACAAAGUAUUCAAUCACUCCAAAGGUUGAACACUACGGCGCAAUGGUGGAUACACUGUCACGAGCUGGGCUGCUGGAUGAAGCAUACAACUUGGUGAGGUCAAUGGCCGUGAAGCCUGAUGCUGUGAUAUGGAGGGCAUUACUUAGUGCUUGUCGUAGGUACCAUCAAACCAAAUUAGGUGAUGUCACUAUUGAACAGAUAACAUGUCAGGGCAGCGGUGAUUAUACGCUUCUUUCAAAUAUCUACUCAUCAAUAAACAGGUGGGGUGAUUCAGAGGAAGUAUGGAAAGAGAUGAAGAAAAAGAAGGUACGUAAGAUCAAGGGCUUGAGUUGGGUUGAAUUAGGGGGGAGCACCCAUGAAUUCAAAGCUGGUGAUCGAUCUCAUCCUGAUUCUGAUGAUAUCUACAGAGUGCUGCAUGGCUUGUUGAAAAAAGCGAAGGCUGAAGGUUAUACCCCAUCCACUGAAUUAGUAACAAAAGAUGUAUCACAGGAGGAAAGAGAAGAAAACCUCAGCUUCCACAGUGAGAAGCUUGCAGUGGCUUAUAGUGUUCUUAAGACUGGUCCAGGGACAGAAAUAUUGGUGUCAAAGAAUCUGCAGGCAUGCGGUGACUGCCAUGAAUGGAUGAAGAUAAUUUCAAAGGCACUUUGUCGUGUUAUAAUUAUGAGGGAUAGAGUUCGAUUUCACCGCUUUGAAAGCGGGUGCUGCUCCUGUAAAGAUUACUGGUCCAACAAAACCUUUGAUGCCCUUUUCUACUCCAUUUUACAAUGUCCUUAUAUUCUAUUUGCUGUGCACCUGAAAUCACUCCAGUGCUACGAUAUUCAGGAAAAGGUUUCUGGAGGCAAGACCGACUGCCCUGCAACUAUCCUUGUCUUUGAUAUUGAAACUACUGGCUUCUCACGCCGUGGUGAUAGAAUUAUUGAGUUUGCUGUACGUGAUCUUAUGGGUGGAAAGAAUAGCACUUUUCAGACACUUAUAAAUCCUGAGAGAGAGGUAAAAAAUGCAGCUGUUCAUGGUAUCAGCACCAAGAUGGUUUGCAGUUCUGAUAUCCCAAGAUUUGGGGAGUUUAUCCCCAUUCUACUACAAUACGUUUGGAGUCGUCAAGUUGCUGGUAAACCAGUUAUGUGGGUUGCUCAUAACGGGAAAACCUUUGAUGUGCCCUUUCUCAUCUUUGAGUUCCAACGUUGCAAACAAGAGAUGCCUGCUGACUGGCUGUUUGUGGACACACUUCCUAUUGCAAGACAGUUAGUUGAUUCCGAUGGUCACGGGUCUGAGUCUUGGAAAGAACCUCUUGCAGAAAUGCAGGGCAAGACUGCGUACAAAAGACCCAAAGUGGUCGGACCCUGCGCAAGUGGGAGCUACGUGCACCGGGCUGCCCUUUCUGUUUUUUUUAUAAAAUAAUUGCUUAGUAGUUCAUGGACAAAUAAGGAGUUAUAUUCCUCCAACUGAUUCACAAUUAAACAUUUUGCUUGUGCAUGAUUUUCCUACUAGU